CAAAAUGGCGUUUGCGUGGUCUUGGUUUGGUCAUUAUUUAAUUUCAGUCGAGAUCGAUCGAGACUGGUAUUCAGGAGAGCAGGGAGUGGCACAGAAGAGCUUGGAAAGCUACUACUAGCUAGUAGCCGAGUACAUAGUCGAUUAAUAAGCUACUCGAGUGCUAGCUAGAGAUUCGAUUGAGAAGAAAACAAAGUGAAAGCCGAGAAACCGAGCAGCAGCUUGACAAAGUCAUUUUCGAUUGGAAUUUUUGCACAAUGACAGACCCAGCUGCAGAAGAAAAGGACACCUCUGCGUUGCGAGACAACAUCAACAAAAAGGGAUCCAACGCGUACUAUUUUGCCCAUGCCAAUACCGCCUCAGGACCAGACUGGGACGGCAAGCUCGAGCCAAAAUUGUUGGCCACGACGUCCUCCUCGGUUUCCGAUUCCCAAAACCGACGACACAGUUCCUUUGAUGUCAGCAAGAGCAACAUUACAUCGUACGCAUUUUGUGACGAAGGAGCCACCGUGAAACUGUACAUAACAAUGGAAGGUGUCGGCGAAAAGUGCACAGAAGAAGACAUUACCCUGGAGAAUACCGAGAAUUCGUUUUGUUUCGCCAUUGAGAAUUACAAGGAAGAGCCCAUGUGUUUGAGUUUUCUCAAACUGACUGCCGAAGUUUCCAAGGUUACCUUCAAGCUCAAACCAGAUCGAGUAGUUCUCAUUCUUCGAAAGGUGGACAAGUCCAAAACAUGGCACACAAUCAACGACAAGGGAACAGCAGAUCAUGAAGUCGUGUAAUACACUUAAGAUGGUAUCGGGAGAGAUACUGGAGCUAUGGAGUUAUGUUAUACAUUGCAAACAAUGUCUAUGGUGGCGCAAGCUCUGGACGGAUGGAAGUUAUUUUGUCAGGAAAGUAAUCGGAUUUGGUACUGCAAUUGGUGUGGUACAAGGCCAAGCAAACUGCAUGUUAGACAAAGCAAAGAUAAGCUUGAAAGAGGAAUAUAGAAUUAAAAAGCAACUUUGUCUUCCUUCGUUGGGAUCAGAGUCAAGGGAGACACAAAUCAUCUAGCGACACAUCCAUGCAACCAACCACCCAAUGACAGCCAGAGGCUUGCAAUGUGUGUGCUCACUGGCGAUGAUGCCUAGAGCUACCGGUAUUCAUCAUGUCUCCACUUGUACAAAUAGUAUAAUGGCUUUCUUUACACAUAACACAUAGCAAAGCGGACCAGCUACAAUCUCAGGAUUUAACUAGUCCAGAUAUCUACCAAA